AUGAAGUACGGCAGGUACCUCCCACAAUGUCUGAGAAACUUUGUUCAUGCCAACAUCACCACCAUGACACCCCUAUCGAAACCUCCGGAGAAGAAGCAGAAGUCUUUGACCUCAUUCUUUUCCCCAAAAUCGAUCAAUGGGCAACGCCCCCUUCCCCAGAAACAGAGUCAACCCUCACCAACCAAUGAGCCGCCAAGCAGGAAACGACCACUUCGUGAGGGUGCUGACAGUGCCAACGGAGCGUCGGAGCCAUCAGUGAAGAGAGUCAGAACUGAUGGCGAUCAUAAUGAGGUGGAGAAAAGCACCUCAUAUUCCCCGACGUCAGAGGACGUCGUGAAGGACGGCAAUGACGCCAACACCGUUGACUCGUCCCCUGCGGAACGCUACCGGUACCAGCCAUCAAUUUCCACGAUCGCCACCGGAGCUGCGGUGGUCGAGCAUGACCCGGCAACCAUUCGGCGAAACAAUGAGCUCCAUGAGAAGUUCGUCAAGAAGCUGGGCUAUCCGGAUGCCAUGUCCAAGCGGCCUGCCACUCUGCGAGAUGACCCAACCCAUGGCGACGGCGAUGAAGAAGGUGAUUUUGACGCCGAUGCCGAUGAGGAAGAACUUCGCGCCCCAACAAAGGCCAAGAAGAAGGGUGCCAAAGCAGGCAAGUUGACGCCCAUGGAGGUGCAGUUUCUCGACAUCAAACACAAACACAUGGACACCGUCCUCAUCGUUGAGGUUGGCUACAAGUUUCGAUUCUUCGGCGAGGACGCACGCAUAGCGGCCAAGGAAUUGAGCAUCGUCUGCAUACCAGGAAAGAUGCGGUACGACGAGCACCCAUCCGAGGCUCACCUCGAUCGCUUUGCUUCCGCCAGCAUUCCUGUUCACAGGCUAGCUGUUCACGCCAAACGACUCGUCGCUGCAGGACACAAGGUUGGCGUUGUUCGCCAGAUCGAGACCGCGGCGCUGAAGAAGGCGGGCGACAACCGAAAUACGCCUUUCGUCCGCAAGCUUACCAACCUCUAUACCAAAGGCACCUUCAUUGACGAGAACGGAGAGUUGGAUCAGCAGUCGGACGGAGCACCCUCGGGCGGUUAUCUUCUUUGCAUUACCGAAUCGAAAUCCAAAAGCUCGGGAACCGACGAAAAAGUCCAUGUCGGUAUUCUGGCCGUCCAGCCUGCAACGGGCGACAUUAUUUUCGACAGUUUUGAGGAUGGCUUCAUGCGAAGCGAGAUCGAGACAAGACUUCUGCACAUUUCCCCAUGCGAGUUCCUCAUCGUGGGCGACUUGACGAAGGGCACCGACAAGCUGGUCAAGCACCUCUCUGGCACCAGCAGCAACAUCUUCGGCGACCGGAGUCGCAUCGAACGGGUGGCCAAGAGCCAGACUAUGGCUGCCGAAGCGUACUCGCACGUUACCAAAUUCUACGCCGACAAAGUAAAAGACCCUUCGCAGAGUGCCCUGCUUGACAAGGUUCUGCAGCUGCCGGAGCUGGUCACCAUCUGCCUCUCCGCCAUGGUCAGCCACCUCGAGGAGUACGGCCUGGAACACAUCUUUGACUUGACCAAGUACUUCCAGAGCUUCAAGACACAGUCACACAUGCUUAUCAACGGAACCACGCUCGAGAGCCUCGAGGUCUAUCGGAACUCUACCGAUCAUUCUGCAAAGGGCAGUCUAUUUUGGGCUGUUAACAAGACACUGACACGAUUUGGCCAGCGCCUUCUUCGGAAAUGGGUGGGCCGUCCCUUGCUAGAUCGAGCCCAUCUAGAGGAGAGACUCGCAUCCGUGCAGGAACUUUUAGACAAGCAAUCCACAGCCCCCGUGGAUGAGUUGGGGCACUUACUCUCUAGCAUCAAAACCGACCUCGAGCGCAGCCUCAUCCGAAUCUACUACGGCAAGUGCACGAGGCCAGAGCUCCUCUCCGUACUCCAAACUCUGCAAAAGAUAGCCCUUCACUACUCCAGGGUCAAAUCGUCCUCGGAUCUGCCGUUCAACUCUCCUCCCCUUGUCGCUGCCAUCAAAGCCCUGCCGCAGUUGCUCGAUCCAGUCGUCUCAUAUCUCGACCGCAUCAAUCCCCAGUCGGCGCGAAAAGAUGACAAGUAUGGAUUUUUUCGUGACCAGCACCAGACAGAAGAUAUGCAAGACCACCAGCUCGGCAUCGCCCAUGUUGAGCAUGAGUUGGACGCCCACCGUUCACACGCCGCCGAGAAGAUCAGGAAGUCGACGGUUGAGUACGUCACUGUGUCUGGCAUCGAGUAUCUUAUUGAGGUCCCAAAUACCGAGGUCAAGCAUGUCCCUGCUUCCUGGAGCAAGAUUUCCGGCACAAAGAAGCUUUCUAGAUUUCACACCCCAGAAGUCAUCCGUCUCAUCUCGGAGCGCGACCAGCACCGCGAAGCCCUCGCUGCGGCAUGCGACAAAGCCUUCCAGGACCUUCUUGCCGAAAUUUCUGUCGAUUACCAGCCGCUUCGCGACGCUGUGUCGUCACUCGCAACUCUCGAUUGUCUACUCUCGCUCUCCAAGGUCGCCUCUCAGCCUGGCUACUCCAAACCGACGUUUCUGCCUUCGUCUUCAGAGCCCACUGUUUCAAUUUCCCAAGGGCGACACCCAAUCGCCGAACAGAUGAUUGAGACGAGCUACAUACCCUUCACAACCACCCUCGCGCACCCCUCGCCGCUUGCUCACCUCAUCACGGGACCGAACAUGGGUGGCAAAUCAUCCUUUGUUCGCGCCUUCGCCCUCAUCGUUCUGCUCGCCCAAAUCGGCUCCUUCGUUCCCGCCGACGCAGUGUCCCUAACCUUAUGCGACGCCAUCUAUACACGCACCGGCGCCCACGACAACCUGUUCGCUGGCGAGUCGACCUUCAUGGUCGAAGUCUCUGAAACCGCAGACAUCCUUCGCUCUGCGACCCCCCGCAGCCUCGUGAUUUUAGACGAACUCGGCCGCGGUACGAGUACCCACGACGGUGCUGCAAUUGCGCAGGCUGUCCUUCAGCACGUCGUUACCGAGACACGUUGCCUCACCCUCUUUAUUACGCACUAUCAGAACCUGGCUCUCGUCGUUGACGGCAUCAAUGGGGUGACAAAUGUGCAUAUGAAAUUUAAUGCGGACAAAGGUGCCGAUGGCGAGGAGAAGGUAACUUUCCUGUACGAAGUAGGCGAAGGUGUCGCCCACCGAUCGUACGGACUAAAUGUUGCCCGCCUUGCACACAUUCCUAAAAAGGUCAUUGACGUGGCGGCCGGCAAGUCGAGGGAUAUGGAGAUGGAUAUGAAACUGCGUCGACUGAAAGGGGCGUGUCAUGCCCUGAACGACGUACUAUCGGAAGGGGAACCAGGUCAGCUGCAACAACUCAUCGCGUCCAUUGAGCAAAUGUAA